CCGAGAGAUUCUACGAUGACUUAUUGUUUAAGUAAAUACUACUUCACCGAUGCGCUUCUCAACAAGCAGUUGCAUGGCCAUCUCGGAGCUAGGGGAAAGGAAAAACGGAAGAAGAAGAAGAACCUCAUAGAAUUUAUGGUUUUGUUGGCAAUACUGGAUAUUCGGAGUUUGUUUCUAGUUUGAGCCAUUUUGCGAGCGUUUUGACAUGUCUAAUCCGAAGGCAAGUCAAGGAGAGAGUGAUAAAAAGAGAAGUCUUCCUUCUUGGAUGAGUUCAAGAGCGAAUGGGAGUAAAUCUAGUGGAAAGAAGCCAACUAGCUCUGGUAAAAAUGAGGAAAGUGAAGAAAUUAAAGACAAUAGUCCUUCCAAGGAAACCAUCAGUGGCAGAAAAUUUGGGGCCUCUUCUUCAAAGAACUUUUCCAAACUUUUGGAGGGAGUAGUAUUUGUUUUGUCAGGGUUUGUUAAUCCAGAGCGUGCAACCUUGCGGUCUCAAGCUAUGGAAAUGGGAGCAGAUUAUAGACCAGACUGGAGUUCAGAGUGCACACUCUUGGUUUGUGCAUAUUCAAAUACUCCAAAGUUUCGACAGGUUGAGGCAGAUUGUGGAACAAUUGUUAAGAAGGAAUGGAUAUUAGACUGUUACAGCCAGAAGAAGCUUGUUGAUAUUGAUACUUACAUGAUGCAUGCUGGGAAACCCUGGCGCAAAAACAAUCCCUCUAUUGAAAAUAGCCAUGAUCAAAAGCCAACUCCACCUAGAAAAUCUGGGAAACAAGUUGAAAAGGGAUCAUAUUCAAAGCCAGCCUCUGCUUCCUCAAAGAGUAUAUCUUCUAAUUCUGCUAAAGAGCAAUUCUCCGCUUCGAAAGUUAAGGAAUGGGCUAUUGAUGAUCUGAAGAGAACCAUCUCAUGGCUGGAGAAUCAGGAGGAAAAGCCUGAGCCUAGUGAAAUAAAAGAAAUAGCUGCUGGAGGGAUCAUAAUUUGUUUACAAGAUGCCAUAGAUGCCCUUGAACAGAAUCAGGACGUCCGACAAAUAGCCGAACAAUGGAAUGUUGUUCCUCAUGCAGUUGAGGAGCUGAUAAAGCUUGUAGAUGCUACCUCUCUUUCAAAGGAAGAUCUCUGUGAACAGGCUAAGGCAUGCAAACAAAUGUACGAUGCGGAACUUACUGGAGUCGAUGAUGAUCCUAAGCAGAAGAAGAAAAGGCUGAAGACUGAUGAAAAUGUGAGGGACAGCAAUAGCAGAUCCAAUGUCGUCUCUGGGGUUGCAGCAGACUAUGACAGCGACAAAACAAUUGAAAUGACGGAGGAGGACAUUGACUUUGCUUAUAAUAAUGUUGCCUCUACUAUUUGCAAACCAUAAAUGAUUUCUCGUGUAAUCUUUAUGUAAGAAUUGCUAUUUUAGCAGUUUUUUCCUUCC